GGUUGCUCGGGUCCUUCUCCAGAUGGUGUCCAACUCCCCAGAAUUUGUUCAGAAAGCAGCCAGUCAGAGCCUGGGGAUCAUGGUGGAGAAUGUGACUCCUGCACGAGCAAUGACUGCUCUCAUGGACAUGGGAGCCAAAUUUGGGGAUACAUGGGUGAAAAGAGCCUCAAUCCUGCUGCAGGUCUCUGUGGUGUGCAUCUGCCCCUGCUCUCUCCAUUGCCCUUCCUACUCAUGGCAUGGGGGGCCUGAAGCUGCUCCAGAUGGAGGACAAGAUCUGGCUGGUUACAGUCCUACCGAGAAGUUUUCUCCGGACACUUCCCAUGUUCUCUCACCCACAAAGUCCUCGCCUCCCAUCCAGAAGAGCUCUCUUUCCUCCAAGCUCAGGAAGAAGCUGCUGCCUGUAUGAAGAGUGUUUGAAGAAUAGGAUUGAUGCGUUAGGCUUGAUAGUUACAGAUGUACAUAUGUUCUGAUCUUUAGAUGUAGUUUUGAAU